AUGCCUUCAUCAAAUCAACGAUCAACAAGUACAAUUAAUCGACCAUUCACUAUCGUUCCUACUAAUAAUUCAGAAUUGAUGCGACAUACUUGUGCAUUUCAAUUCCCGAUUGCACAUCAAAGACACACAAUACAUUCAGUUCAAAAUGGUGCAAACAACAAUGAUGAUAUUCUUGAACAAUUAUUAAAUAAUCUCUUAGGACUUGAAUUACGAGAUGAAGCUAGUGAUUAUCUUUCUUGGACAUCGUGA